GAACCGUUAUUUUCCAUUUAUACAAGGAAAGGUUUAAGUAGUCGCUGGUAAUUAUUUCUGUCACUUCGUGUUCACUUGCCUUUCUUUCAUGCGAUCUAUGGGUCUGUAUUGCGGGUGAGAGGAAACAUGGUAAUAUAUCGUUAACACUGUGCAAAACAGCAAUUUCAAACAUAUAAAAUAACUCAUCGUUUUGUCAAAUUUCGGGAAUCCACGCAACAUUCGUCCACCCAGACCCGGGGGAUAGUUAUUUUUCAGAAAAUGUUCAGGGUGUCCUGUAGGAGGCGCGCAUCUUCGACACAUCUGGAGACUAGAUUUAUGAUUUGAUGCGGAGUUUCACAUUGGUUUUGUGGUCGUUUGCUGUCGCGUUGCAACCUCAGAAAUAUAUUUGUAGUCACUGGCGACAUUUAUAUUUUUAUUUAUUUCUUGAAGAAAUCGUCUCCGGCAUGAAGCACCUAUUCGUCUUCUUCAGUCUGGCUUUGUACAUUAUUCUUGAUGUAGAAGCAAUAAGAACGAGGAAAAUCCCUGGCACGUUUUGCACUUUUAAAGAAAAGAGAUACAGUCCAGGAGACAGCUGGCACCCUUAUCUGGAGCCUUACGGAUUCGUGCUCUGCAUGCGAUGCACAUGCGCCGAGGUACAGUCUUCCUCUUCCCCGCACGUCAGUCUGGAGGGGCACUGAUCGCACCGCCGCAGACAGGCCAUGUGAACUGCAACGCCAUCAAGUGUCCGGUCCUAAGAUGUAAAAAUCCGGUGACCGACUCUCAGCAGUGCUGCCCUCGAUGUGCAGACGAGGAGUCAAGGAGCCCAGCGGGACUGAGGACCCUCGGGAAGUCCUGCCAGUACAACGGGAUCCUCUACCAGCCUGGGGAGACCUUCUCCAACGACGAGCUCUUUCCCUCUCGGCUGCCCAAUCAGUGCGUCACGUGCAGCUGCUCUAAUGGGAACAUCUUCUGCGCCUUGAAGACGUGUUCAAGGGUCUCGUGUGCGUCCCCCGUGUCUGUGCAAGACAGUUGCUGUCCACUCUGCAAAGAUGUGAAUAUCAACUCUGCUUCCACAGAAGACAGUGGACAGCAGCUAAACCGAGGAGCUAGGCACUCGAAAGACCAGUGUUCUGGAGAUCCAGGGGAAAAUGUGGCAGGACGAGAGACCCCAUCGGCCAUAAGGAGCUCAUCCAGGGCCCUGAAUCUCCCGGCCUUCCGGCACGGUGGAGCUGCAGGCACCACCGUAAAGAUCCUCCUGCAGAGGAAACACAAGAGAGCUUGCGUGUACAACGGGAAGACGUACUCUCAUGGGGACUUGUGGCACCCGGAGCUGGGGAAGGUCCUGGAGUGCAUCCUGUGCACGUGCAAGGACGGCGUCCAGGAGUGUAAGCGCAUCACCUGCCCCAGGGAGUAUCCCUGCGAGCACCCCGAGAAGACUGAGGGCGAGUGCUGCAAGACAUGCCCAGCAGAGCAAAAAACGGAACAGAACAGGACACAGUGCUCCCCGGGAAAAGACAGCGCUGAAUUUCUGGUUUACAAAGUGGGCUCCGGCACAGACAGUACUGUCCGAAAGAUUGCCAUUGAAAGACAAGGAGCUGCCGAGCUUGAGGUGCACGUCUGGAAGACAGUAGAAGGAUCUCUCCAUUUUAUGGAAACAGAGGAGCUUCAGAGGGAAACACUGAUGGAGGAUCCAGAGAAUUAUGUCUUUUUGACCAGGCUUGAUGAGGAGACCUGGAAGAAGUUCAAGGAGCAGGAAGCCCACAGAAAGGAAAACCCAGAGACCAGAACCUGUGAUGAUGGCAUGAGGGAGGUUCUUCAGUUUUUAUACCCAGAACAAUUAGACAGCCUGUGUGCAUUGUCACUUUCCUAAAGGCACAACAUCUCUGACACCAGGCGGACUUGCUCUUCUGCUCGCAUAGUCAACUUAAAAACGUCUGUUUGGAGAGGACCCUGCUGCUCCUUCAUGCACUUCGCAGAAAUCGCAGGAGACGCGGCAGCAUCUGUAAGCCCCUCCUCUAGCUGUAACCAAUUAAAAAGGGCGCCAUUUCUACAGAUGUUUUCUUGUUAUUUUUUAAUUUGCUGCUUUUAUGUCAAGAGGGACCUGCCUGAAGAGUUGGGACCCCUGGCACUCCUUUCGAGGUGUACUCUGCUCUCUAGCCAGCCCCCAGCCUCUGCCUUGCGGCCAGGUGUGGACUUUACAGAUUCCAGCUCCUGUUCAGAGAGGAACAGAUUCUGCUUCAGAAAUAAAUCAAAAUAAAGUGGCAUUUCCUUGCUUUUGAUUUCUUUCCUUAAAGAAUUUCUUUUUUUUUCAUAUGCAUUUUGAAGUCUCAUGUAACUUAGCAUCUAGAUCAAUCAGUAAAAUAAAACUGAGACAGCGAGCUGGGGUGUUCAAAUUUGAACCCAUUAAAAUGGUGGGCCUUCAUUUUUACACCCAUAUGUAUAUAUAUUUUUAAAUAGUUCAUUUUGCCCUGGCGAGCCACAUCUGUUUUGAAACAGUAUCUGAAAGAACACGUGUUACAGUUCCCCACAGUGUAACACGUGAAAGAUAUAAAGAUAUUAAUAAUGUUAUUAUAGUCCAUUCUCUCUUCUCUCAUAUCGUUUCUUAAGCAUUGAGAUAUGAAUCAGUGCACGCUUGCAGUAUACACCACGGAAGGAGAAUAGUCUUUAAUGUAAAUAUAUAGUAACACAUUGUAAAAUGAAGGAGCCUGUUAACAUGAUUUUCGUUUGUACAAUAUUGUGUGUACGUUUGCACUAUUAAUCGGAUUUUGAUAUUAAAUGUGUUUUAAAGCAGA